GGGGCGGGAAGCGGUGCUGGGCGGGCACGGCGUGUGAGGAGAGCCGGGCCGGGCUGCUGGCGGGGCUCAGCCCCGAGAGGUGACAAGCAUCAGCCAACUGCAGGACUGUCACAAUGAGUUUUGUUGAAUAUGGAGAUACAAUAAAGGAUGGCGACACAGCUAUUGUGUUCUUGGGCCACGAAUCCAUGUUUCCUGUGAAAGUCCAGCAUGGCACUGUAACUCAGACAAAGUACGGGGUCAUCAGGCAUUCCACGGACCUCAUAGGCAAGAAGUAUGGCUCCAAAGUGACCUGCAGUAAAGGAGGAUGGGUGUUUAUUCUUCAUCCAACUCCAGAACUGUGGACCAUGAAUCUUCCACACAGGACGCAGAUUCUGUAUUCCACUGACAUCUCUAUAAUCACCAUGAUGUUAGAACUGAAGCCAGGCUCCAUAGUGUGCGAAUCAGGUACGGGCAGCGGAUCCCUCUCCCAUGCGCUCAUCAGGACAGUGGCUCCCACAGGGCACCUGUACACAGUGGAGUUCCACCAACAGAGAGCUGAGAAGGCCCAGGAGGAAUUUCGAGAGCAUGGGGUGGAGCAUCUGGUCACCGUGACUAACCAGGAUGUCUGCAAAAAUGGGUUUGGUGUCUCAAACAUUGCAGAUGCUGUGUUCCUAGAUAUUCCGUCUCCGUGGGAAGCCAUAGGAUAUGCAAAGUCAGCAUUAAAAGCUGAAGGUGGCCGCAUCUGCUCUUUCUCCCCUUGCAUUGAACAAGUCCAAAGAACCUGCCUCACGCUGGAAGAAUAUGGUUUUACAGAGAUUAACACCUUGGAAAUUCUGCUCCGAGUUUACAAUGUAAGGACAAUUAGCUUGCAAAUCCCUGACCUUGGAAAAGCAGCUGAGGAUAAUUCUAGCACUGGCUUUGACAGCAGCAACCCAUCAAGCCAAGGUAGUCUGUGCACUAAUCUGCAGCAAGGAACUGUGCAGUUCAAAAGCGGCGUGCCACUCAGGGAGAUGGUUGGGCACACUGGAUACCUGACCUUUGCCACCAAGAGCCUCUUUUAGUACAUGCUGAGUUCAUGCAGUUCGUAGUGCUUAGUGUGUUUGUGUAUGUUUUCUGUUUUCAUGGUUCUUUUUUGUAGGGCAUCCAAAUUUUUACUUGUCAGGGACUUCCAUAUAUAGUCAGAUGUGAUUGGAAUAUGCUUUGUUUAAAUAGCACACAACCAUUAACCAGAGCAGCAUCAAGGGAAUGUUGGAACUCUGGAAUGGUGCUCCACUUUCUGUCAGAAAGAAGAUAAAUUAAUAACGAGUGGCCAUUCACUGGAAUGUGCAGCAUAAAGAUCCCCCCUGAUAAGAAAGAAAAACAAGCAGCACACUAAUUGCAAAUAAGUUGGAUUUUUUCCUCCUCUUUUCUGAAUUACUUUCCCAGGUUUACAUUUUUUUUUUUCCUCUAGCAUCACUAGAUGCUUUUUUCUUUUUAAACUUCUCUAGUGUCCAUCUUGCUCUUAGGAAUGUGAAGUGCCUGGUUGCUUAAUUUUAAAGAUAAAAGUUGCAAGGUCAUAGGGUUGCCAGCGUGACCGAUCACAGAAUGAGUGUUUCCUUGGAAUAGUGUUCAGCUACACAGAGGAUUAUUGGCAAUGCUCAGGAACACAACCUCUUACUUCAUUCCAGGCUGGCAUCUGCAGAUGAUUUAGAUUACACAAUGGUCAAAGAAUUGUGCUAAUUGUUGGAUUUGGUUUAAAAUAGUAUAUUGUGCUUGUCAAUUUCUAGUAGAAGUUUGGACUUGAACUCAUAUUGUAGCCUUCUAAUAGAUCAUCCAAUUUCAUAGCUGAUGAAUCCACUGUGAAAAUUCACUAAACAGCUGGUUAAUAUCUGGACACCUCUUUGUAAGCAGCGUGUCUGUGGUUCUGUUUGUUUGGUGUUUUGUGUGCAUUAUGGUGUAUUUUCUUCCUGCAGUUGAAUGACAGAAAUACUGCUUUUGGCAGGAUUUCUGUCUCCAAAUUGCAACAACAAUGCAAACUGAGUAAAAUCCUCUCCCAGCUUUCUUAAUUAAGUUUUCAGACCAUCUACUCUUUGGUUUUCCAUACAAAGCUGGUGGGUGUGAUGAAUGUAUUUCAACGCUGGAUUAAAUUUUCUAUUUACAGAUUAAAAUAAUCAUGCACAUUUAUACAAUUCUCUCUUUUUAUUUUAUUUUUUUUCAUUUACUUAAGUAAUUCACCAAUAUUUUUAUUCCAGCCACUAGAACUGUCUCUGGAAGCAUUUAGCUGUGCAUUGCACUCAGUACCUGAAUAUAUUGAUUGCUGUGUAAGAAAAAUAACCAUUCAUAAACCACUGCCUGAACAUUUGAACCUGAUUUCCCUCCCCCAUUCUUGACAAAAAUAAACAAAGCUAAGCUUUUAACAUGUUAUAGCAGAACACUAAUCCAUAAUGGUUUAAAGAAAGCUCAGCCGAUCACGACAGCAGAGAUAAACUGUUGAGCAGAUUAAAGGCAGAAAGCAAUUCUGUUGAACUAAAUCAGUUAUGUAAGUUGGCCUUCAACUGUAGCAUUUCUCCAGAAAUUAUGUGAAAGUUCUCCUGCUGCUGAAGUCCUCUAGAAAGGUUUGGGGUGAACUGUUCACACUGUGUAUGUUGUUUGGUAGCUGUGUUAUCGUGACUCACUUGCAUGUGUAUGCUUGUGCACAUGUGUGUGUGUGCUUAAACCACCACUAUAAAAGUAUGGCUAAGGUACUAACAUAAACUAGAAGAAAGGAUGGGGAAAAACAACAUUAAUACUGCCAGGUUGUUCUUAACUUCCUUCAAGGUGAUUCUCAAUCACUAACAAGUGGGAUCCCCAGUCUUCACCAGGAAUAAUUCCAGCCCUAGACUUGAUUCUUUUUUCCUGGCAGACCUUAUUUUAAAAUAACAUAACAUUUAAGCAGGAUUAAAGAGGAACAGAGUCACAUUUCUGUCUUCCAAAUAGAUGUGGAAAUACCAAUGUGUCUUCAUGGAGUUUGAAACAAGGCUGAUGCCUUUUUUUGCCUACAAAGCCCGAUUCAGAAUCCCUUGAAAUAAACCAUUGACUUUCUGUGGUCCCAUAUUGAUUUGAUCCCUGCUGAGGAAGGGCAAGCAUUGCGUAAGAGGAGAAGGAUUUCAUUUCUGUCUUUGCAAAAAAGGCUUCUGUGUUUUUGUUGCCAAUCACAGCCGUGGCCAGCAGCACCACACCACUUCCUGCUGUUUCUUUGUUGUCAGGGUCACAAGGAGGAUCCCACACUGUCCAGCGUGGAUGGUACAGUGCUGCCAGAACUCCCCUCUGUUUAAAUCUCCUUAUGAUCCCCUGUCUUUUACAUUCAGGCUACAUUCCCUACCAAAAGGAGUAAAUCAGAAACAUGGGUCUUUCCUGCCAUACUGGGGGGAUCUGCUGGGGCCAGGCCUUCUUUCUUUAAUAUGUUUUAGUCUUCAGUCUGGAAUGAAGCGUCAUUUCUGACACAGUUUGGCCACGCACUGGCAGGCUGCACACUUUCAUUGCUGCCAUAUGCUUGGACCCGUCAGUUGUUGUGGACGAGCAC